CCCCACCUCUCCUUCACUGGCUUUGGGAGAAAGUAAACAGCUCGGCUCUACACACCUUAUCGCUCACAAGCAGGCGCGUAACCGCGUUGCGCUAUCCAUGGUAUCUAAACAAAAACAAGCCUCCCCCAGGCGAGAGCUGCGGCACACACAAUUGUGGCAGGUUGUUCUCCAGUUAUGCAGGCGGACAACAGAAGGUCAAAGUCUUUCUGUUCACAGAGUAGACAAAAGGAUGACAUAUCAUCACCGGAGCCGAUUGUUGACACUUUACGUGAUAUUCUGUGCCAUGCGAACAGCUUCCAUCGUCCAGGGCACAAGAGAUUUCGAAAAAAAAGUAUCUAUGAUGCUGAAAGUGGAGCCAGAAAACCCCAAGUGCUUUGCUGAAGGCAGGAAGGACUUCACGUGCCUCUGGGAGGAAGAUGAGGAAAGGGCUGGCUCUGUGGAUCAGUACUCCUUCACAUACACCUACCAAAAUGAAAACAGCAGCAAGUGCCCGCUGAGAGUCCUCCCUGCAGCAGGUGGGAAGAGGCUGUUCAUCUGCCAUCUGAACCGAACCCAGAUGUUUGUCCAAAUGGAUAUACAAGUUCAUCGAGAGGGAAUACUGAUCCACAAUCGCAGCCUUCUCAUCGAGCUUCUCUCUACAGCAACUAUUCCAAAGAAAAAAGCUCUAAAAACCGACUGUACACCACCUGCUCAGCACCAAAAUGUUCUUCUGGACCCUCCGGCCAACGUGACAGUGAGCAGCACGGGUCAACAAGGCCAGCUGAAGGUCAGCUGGAUGCCUCCCCUUCUCAAAUACAUGGAUGACAGCAUGAUGUACGAGGUCAGCUACACUAUGGCGGACAGCCACGUGGGGCAGGUAGUAGUGGCACGAGCCAGCUCAGAGUUGAUCCUGAGAGGCUUGCAGCCAGGUACAAAGCACAAGGUGCGAGUCCGUGUAAAGCUGGAUGGGAUUAGCUACAACGGCUAUUGGAGUGCCUGGAGUGACCCGGUGUUCAUGGAAACACUGCCUGCAGAACUCGACCUACUCAUCGUGUCCCUGACUCUCAUCAUGGCUUUCAUCCUCAUUGUGCUGUCUCUCGCUAUGCUCCUGUCCCAUUGCAGGUUUCUUACAAAGAAGAUUUGGCCAACUAUUCCAACUCCUGACAGGAAGUUCCAAGGCCUUUUUAAUGUUCAUGGUGGGGACUUUCAGGAGUGGUUAGGGCAGACCAACGGAGGCUUAUGGUUGACUUCAGCUUUCUUCAACUCAGAAGAAUGCCCAUCUCCUCUGGAAGUCCUGUCAGAGCUCAGCUUUUGCCCCUCAUUGCCUUACCCGCCUUUGCCACCCAAGACCUCUAGAGCUUUGACCACAGGCAGAAAGGACAAGGAUGUAAAGGAAAGGCUAGAUGAGAGAGAGCCAUUGGAAAGGGGUGAUUCAGCUCUGACACAGGGAUGUAGAGCCACACCACAUGACCGCUGGCUGAUGGAUCGCUUACAGGCGCUCCACCAAAACCCCGUUUCCUGCUCCCAGUCCUCUCUGCUGGAGUCUCAAGACACCUACGUCACCCUCAGUGCCUGCAACCACAGAGUAGACGAACACCUGGAUGACAUUCUCGAGGAGGCCUUACCCCUUGAGGUGCUUUUUGCGUCCAGAAAGACAGUGUUGUGUGAAUCUCACUCUGACCUGGGAUCCAUGCAGCAGAGCUCCGGGUCGGGUCGCCUUUCGUCACAGUCCAGCUUUGAGUACCCAAACAAUGCCUGGAUGUCCAAAGGCCCUGGGUAUACCUACAUGGCAGUGGCAGACUCUGGGGUCUCUAUGGACUACAGCCCCAUGAGCAGAGUAGACGACAUUGGAAAAGUGGUUAUCUACGCCAAUGAGUACAAGAAUGAUAUCCCUGCUCAUAUGAGACCCUUCCUGUUAAGGCAGCACCCUGUCCAUGAUGACGGCUGAGAAGGCGCUAAACUGGGCAGGCUGCCUUGAAGCAGGCUCAAUGAAGGGUAUUUGGAUAUUCACCUAAAGCUACAUAGCCUUUCUUCAACUGUUAAGAAAGGUGUACCAAGGAUUUGGGAGCUGACUGAUACCGAAGUGUAAGCUAAAGGACUCAGGAAGAAGAGUCCACUGGAUGUACAUACAUCAUUUCUACUUCAUCCAAAUCAUCCCUGAUCUGUACAGGACAAUACCUAUUACAUGGAAAUGGGUUAUACUAAAUACAUUCAAUGCAAAGGUCUGCAUGCUGAUCUGUAAGUAUCCUAUCUUGUAGAUCAGAUCAGGAUUUUUUUUAUAAUUCACGAAAAUUCAAGUUGAGUGUUUCCAUGGUGAUGUAUUCAUAUUUGAGCUAAGUGUUAUUUCUAAGCUUAAAUGACAGAAUGGCUGUUAUGUUAAAAUAGAAAGUAGACAUCCUUAAAUGGAAGGCUGUGAACAAUACAGGCCAAUACUCUUUCUCUGAUAUGUCGUAAAGGAUAGGGCUGGUGGUCUAUAUAUUUUGUAUUGUCAACAAAUUCCAUAAAAAAACCCCAACAAUGAACUGACCACUCAACAAGUGCUGCCUGUGUAAACAAAGCCUGAUAUAGCUUAUUCUUCUGUGACAUACUGUAGACCUCCAUUUUUGUCUACAGCCAUGCCAGCUCUGUGAGGCUGUACUUAUCCUGCGUUCCUGAGUUAUCGUAAUUAUGAGUUUCUGACUUGUAAAUAGCAUUCACGUCAACUUCCAUGUUGUAAUUUAUGACUGGGAAACUCAAAUUUUUCUGAAAGCUCUGAUAUAUCUGACUUUGUACCUACUAAUACGGAAGUGCCUGAAAACCAAAUACGGAUGCCUUACAUCAACCAAAGACCGUCAUUAAGUGUAAUUACACCCAAAUUGAAUGGAUAUGGCGUUAUAUUGCAUUAUUGUAAUCCUCACACUUUCAACUCUAAUGACGUCAACGCUUGCAAAUUGUUAACAUGGGAAUCUUUCCCAUUUCUACCAUCCAUCCCAUAUGACUUGAACACGGCAUUAGGCACAGCAGUGCUUUUUGUUAAAUGCUAAUGUCAACAUUCUAACAUGCCCACAGUGGCAAUGCUAUCAUGCUGAUGUUUUGCAGGUAUAUUUACCAUGUUCACCAUCUUAGAUUUUACCAUAGUUUACAGUGUUAGCAUGCUAACAUUUUCUAAUUAGCACUAAAUGCAAAGCACAGCUGAGGCAGAUGAGAAUGUACUGGACAAAUUUAGAUGAUGGUGGUAGAUGAAACACUUCAUUCUCUGGGGACCAUAGAUGUUCGUACAAAAUGUCAUGGCAAUCCAUCAAAUAAUUGUCAAGAUAUUUCAGUCUGGACCAAAGUGAUAAACUGACAUUGCCAUCCCUACCUACAGCCAUGCAACUAGCAUGGCUAAAAAACUAUUAAAACAUAUCAAUGACUUAACCAUUGCCUGGUGUAACAUGUUCCUUUAUAACGAUAAACGAUGGGUACUGUGGUUUAAACUCACAUACACCAUCGUAGUACCGUGAAUACUUACUAGAGCACCAAAUGUGUAUUAAUCCACUGUUGAAAAUAGUCCCCAACAAAUGUAUCAUUACUCCUGUUUGAUUAAAGUUUGCUACAAAAUACAGUGCCCAGCUGUUUUAGGGAAUUACAGAGUAUUUAAAAAAAAUAAAUAAAUAAAUCUAUUUGUGACCCGUUCCUAAAGAUUUACAUCUUCAGUAGGAACCAAUAGGCUUGGGGUUGAGUGCCACAGACAGGGUAGGAAAGACAGAAAAUAAUGAGAAACAGAGUAACACAUUGUUGUUUUUGGGAUUUGUUGACAAUAACAAAAAUAUAGAACAUUACCAGCCUUAUACUUUAAAAUACCUUCAAAUUUAAAUCACACAGCUUCCACUUGAACCCCGCAGCCAUUAUGUCAAUGUCAUUUUCAAAUCUGAAGAAACUCACUGUAUUUGUAAAUAAUAUUAUGAUGCUUUUUGUAUUUUAUCACAGUUGUUUCAGAGAACAAUCAACUCAGUAAGUUGUGGCCAUUUCCCAAAUGCAGAAUCCUGGAACAAAUUAAAUAAAAUGACUACUACUGUAGGCUGUGCAGGAAGAUUAGGUCUCUUUCUUGACAUGUUUAAGUUGUUUUUAGUCACUGCUGCCAUCUAGAGAGCAGAGCAUGUAUAGUAUGUCUUAAGCUUGACAUUCCUACUCAAAACAUUUAAAUUCAUUGCAGUUUUGAAAUCAAACUGAAUCAUUUCCAUGUUUUUCAUGCUUGUUUGCUUUUGUGGCUUAGGAAAAAUAUCUCAAGUAUAUAAAAAAAUACAUAUAUAUGUAUAUAACUACAUUUCUAUACAUUGUUGACUUAUAUUUUUGAAAAAAUUGAUAUAGCGUAGUGUGACACAAAAAGGAAACAAAGGUUUAAAGCUCAGAACCCACAACCAACUGGCUGUCUCUUACAAAAUAAUGCAUGUUUUUCUCAACAGCAAUAAAUGAUUUAUCAAAGAUAUUUUUUUUUUAAAAAGGUUACCCAUUGUUUUACAUUUGUGGAUCACAUAUUAUUAAGGCCUUUUUUUCUAUUAUGCAACAUAUAUUUUAAGAGAAAGUCUUAAAUUUGUCCCACCCAAAAGGUGAAUGUCUCCUUAGGAUAAUGCGUAUUUCCUCAUUAGUAGUUUUCUUAGAAGUAGAGUAAUAUUUUGCUCCAUGUUUUUCAUUUUCAGAAAUGAGGGGGGGCACAAUUAGACUUUAAGGGGUCCCAAGCCAAAAAAGUUGAUACCACUGUUCAGUUUAAAACAAUUCCAUUCCUCAAUGUCUAUGUAAAUUUUAUUCAUGUGUUUACCAAAGCUUUAUGUCAUUUAAAAAUUCAACUCAUUAAAUGUUGUAUAUCUACAA